AUGCUCCAUCUACAAAUCAUCAUAGUGGUUCUCUCCCACACAUUUCUAAAGCAGACUGUGACUGGGAUCGAACAUGGAAGCAAAGUUCCAGAUGGAGUCAUGCAGUACAUGGUCUCCGUGCAGAACAACAAAGGUCAUGUGUGUGGAGGCUUCUUAGUGAGUGAUGACUUUGUCCUCACUGCAGCUCACUGUGACCAGAGACUAACAAAAGUUAUACUGGGCAAUCACAACCUGGAUGUUGGAAAUACGACUAAAAUUAAGAAACAGAUCAAGCAUGAGUCUUUUAAAGAAUGGAUGUCGGGGAAUGACCUGAUGCUGCUCGAAUUGGAGAAAAAAGCUGAAAACAUAAGAAAAGCAACACUUCCAACAGUGAACAUGAAAGUCAAAGCACAUGAUUUGUGUCAGGUCGCAGGAUGGGGACGAACAAGUGAACAUAGUGGACCUGUUGUCAAUUUAAUGGCUGCCAAUGUGUCCAUUAUAGACAUAACCAAUUGUAAGAAGAACUGUUCAAUUCUUCCUGACAAUGUCACUUGUGCUAAAGGAUGCACCAACAUAAAAUUUUACCAGGAUGAUUUUGGCGGACCUUUGGUGUGCAAUAACACUACUGUUGGACUUCUAUCGUUCAAUAAAUUUGAACAACAGAUAUUCCCUAAUGUAGGCAGUAUAAAAGUGGCAGAGUUUUUCAUACUAAUGCUGGCAGUGAAGAUGCAAGGGCAACAAAUGAUUACCAUGUUUCUCCUUCUCUCUUGUUUACAGCAGACUGUGACUGGGAGCAUCAUAGUAAAUGGAAACAGGGUCCCAGAUGGAGAAAUGCAGUACAUGGCUUCACUGCAGGACAUCUCUGGUCAUCACGUGUGUGGGGGCUUCUUAGUGAGUGACAACUUUGUUCUCACUGCAGCUCACUGUUUUGAUCGUAACUUACCUGUCCGUGUUGUCCUGGGUGAUCACAACCUCAAAGAGUCCAAUAAUAAUGGACAAACAAUCGAAAUUGACAAGAAGUUCAAGCAUCCAUCGUAUAAAAAUGUGGGCUUUGGGGAUGACCUGAUGCUGCUAAAACUGAAGAAAAGAGCUGUGUUGGGAAAUGGCGUGGAAGUAAUACAACUCCCAACAGUGAACAUGAAAGUCAAAGCAGAUGAUUUGUGCCAGGUUGCAGGAUGGGGAGCAACCCAUACAGGUGGUAGAACUGUCGACGGGCUAAUGGUCGUUAAGGUGCCCAUUAUAAACAUAACCACCUGUACGGAAAAAUGGGGCAUGCUUCCUCACAAUGUCAUCUGUGCUGGAGGCUACACCACCAAUAGAGGAUUUUGUCAGGGUGAUUCUGGAGGCCCUCUAGUGUGCAAGAACACGGCAGUGGGAGUGGUGUCUUUCAACAGACGUUUCAACUGUAACUACAAAGAUGAAGUUCCCAACGUGUUUGUCGACAUUUCAAAAUAUGUGGUUUGGAUACUUGAAACCAUGAGCAACUAA